AUGUUUCCAUCAAAAGAACUACCAGGUAUUGUCAAUGAUGGUCACUCUAUUUCUGUUCAAUCUGAUAACGUGGAAAAAACUAAUGAAAAACAAUCAUCUACAAUAAACGACUCGAAUGAACAAUGUGGAACAAAGCUUUGCAUUGCACUUAUCUUACUUAUUAUCGCUAUUGCGAUAUCAAUCGGUUUAUUAUCAAUAUUCAUUCCAAAACCAAAUAAUAAUAAUAAUAGUAAUAUUAAUAUUUCAACAACACAACUGGUAACAAUGUUUCUUGUUCUUCCAAUAACAAAUAAUACUAUCUAUGCACUAUCUAUGAAUAAUAAUACUUUAACAGCUGGUAAUUAUUUAAAUAAUGCUCAACGAAAUAUUUUGAAAGCAUGUUUACAAAUACGAUUGAACUCAAGAAAUGAAUCAAAACUCAUAACAGAUCUCUCAAUUGAUAGUGCACGUGCUCAAUAUUCAGGCAUUAAUUAUAAUAACCAAACGAAAUUGAGACAACGAAAGAAACGUACAAGACUGCAACGUCAAAUAUUAUCGCAAGUCGAUCAAAUAGCAGUUACACUUUCAAUACAAUGUAACUAUCUGAUCUCUAUAACAGUUUGUCAACAAUUUGUUGAAUCAGUUCUUGACAAUGGAGAAUCUCUUUCAUGCAAUUUAGUUGAUGAACUUACGAUAAUACUGAACCUGUUAUCAUCAUCAACAGCAGUCGCAAUGAAAGCAGUUGAUAUUGGAAAGACUCAUGAUUGGCGUCAGAUUGGCGAACUUUUUCUGGCAUUUGGACUUACAUCAUUAGUUGGACUUGAAAGACAAUUACGUGGUAAAAGUGCUGGUCUUCGAACACAUUCAAUUGUUGGAACGUCAUCAGCUUUGAUACUUCUAGUAAGCAAAUAUGGUUUUAGUGAUGUUAUCUAUCCAGGUGUAAUCGUACUUGAUCCAUCUCGUAUUGCAGCUCAGAUUAUUUCGGGAAUCAGUUUUCUUGGUGCUGGCUUAAUAAUUACUCGUCAAAAAGCUAUUCGUGGUUUAACUACAGCUGCUUCUGUAUGGUCCGCAGCUGCUAUUGGUAUGGCUGCUGGUUCAGGACUUUGGGUUUUAUCACUUGCUGUAACUGGUCUUCAUUUUGUUAUAUUACUUGGCUUUUUGCCACUUGAAAAACGACUUCCAGUUUUUGAUAGAAAUUCUCCAUUUCAUUUGAAGCCUGAUGAUGAUGGUGAUAAUGCCAAUGAAAAUGACAAUAAUGAUAUUCACUCGGUUUGA